AUGCUGUUCCCUUCGUUUUGGACUUCAUUCGCAUUCAUCUGCGCAUUGCUGCCCAUCCCAGCCUUUGCGCCAUCAUCUUCUCGACAGCCAUACCCAUCCUACGACUACGGUGCAGAUCCUCCACGACUUCCAAAACGCCAGACCUCGGAGUUCUUCCCCAUCACAGGGGUACAUACCGGCAGCGGUAUCAACGGAUCUUUGCCAUUGCGGAUAGAGGUUCGGGAGUUGGAGAAAGACCCUGUUGCUUGGACGCUUUAUAUUCUUGGGCUGGAUCUGUUGCAAUAUACUCCUCAGUCGGACAUGCUUUCUUGGUAUCAAAUAGCAGGUAUACAUGGCAGACCUUUUGUUCCGUUCGAUAAUGUCCAGCCGAAGCCGGGCAACGAGCAGAAUGGAUAUUGUACACAUGUAUCGAUUCUUUUUCCCACAUGGCACAGGCCAUAUCUUGCUCUCUUUGAGCAAGCACUCCACGAAAAAGUUCAGAUGAUUGCAGCGCAGUACCCAGUUGGCCCAGUGCGAGAUCAAUAUAUGGCUGCUGCUGCGAAUUUCAGGAUACCAUACUGGGACUGGGCAGCAAAUUCCACUGGUGGAAAUACUAUUCUCCCAAACAGUGUGAUAUCACCCUCUAUCGUGAUCAAUGGUCCAGCAGGUGUGCAAACAAUCGCAAAUCCACUGUACAGUUAUAGCUUUAAGCCUUUGGAUCCUGCUCAAUUACCAGAUCGCCCAUUCAACCAACUUAGUGAGACCAUUCGCUACCCGUCUCGACAGGAUGCUUCUGCAACGUCCCAGAAUAACCUCAUUGCCCGGCAACUCGACAAUAGCGGUGCUUCCUUUCGCGCCAGGCUGUAUAUUCUGCUCACAAUGUACAAUGACUACACAACAUUCAGCAAUGAAGCAUGGAUAAACGACGACGACCCGGCAGGGUAUGAUUCGUUGGAAAGCAUUCAUGAUCAGAUCCAUGGUCUGACUGGAAGUGGAGGGCACAUGACAUAUAUCCACUACUCUGCAUUCGACCCUCUCUUCUGGCUCCAUCAUGCCAUGAUCGAUCGGAUCUUUGCAAUGUGGCAGGUGAUAUUCCCAGACAGCUACGUGGUUCCAGAGCCUGCCAUUUUCAACACCUUCACGCUUUCAGCUGGACAGACACAGGACGUCAACUCUCCUUUGGCCCCAUUUCACAAGGACGUAGCUGGAGGAUUUUGGACGUCGGAGACCGCCAGAACAACAGAGGUCUUUGGAUAUUUAUAUCCGGAGACCGCCAAGUAUGAUGGAGGAAAUCUCACAAGCCAAGUCAUCGUCGCAGUGAACCAGCUCUAUGGGUCUGGGCGAGGUAAUCGGCCAUUAACGAAGAGGGCAGUGGGUUUCGGUACUGCAGAUAAAGAGUGGAUCGCUAAUAUCCGCGUCAAGAAGUAUGCUCUCAACAAACCUUUCUACAUCCACAUCUUCAUAGGCUCGUUCGAUCCAGAUCCAUUCUCGUGGUCCUUCGAGCCAAAUCUCGUCGGCACUCACAGCAUUUUCGUCAAAGCUAUUGGACCGAACUCAACCUGUAAUUGCGAUCCACACCAGUUGGUGACAGCCACGAUUCCUCUAACGGACAGGCUACAAGUUGAUAUUGCGGGAGGUUUUCUAAAAACGCUGGAGCCAAAAGAUGUCACACCGUAUCUGGCGAGAAAGUUGAGCUAUAGAGUCUCUCUCAUGGACGACACAGAGGUGCCUAAUGUGGCUGUGCCGAGUCUCAAAGUUUCGAUUCUGAGCAUGGAUGUGGAGUGGGGUGCCAGCGAUGGUGAAAUUCCUGUCCGGGGAGAGAUGAAAGGUCACAUGGAUGUUAGCAUGGGAUGA